AUGAAACAAUGUAAAACCCCCGACGUGCGGGCGGCCUCUCUUGCAUUCUUUGAUCAUCAUGAAACAGAUGGGGUGCUGGUAAAUACGGGAGAUUUGUCGGCACACCUUGACCCUCUCCUCGUCUGUUCAGACUUGCGUUGGCAGUGGCUUGUCAGCUAUGUCGGGGACAGUGUAUUGGAGAAAAAGAGGUUGCACCGACUAUUGUCGUCGGUGUCUGAGGAGGAAAGGAGCACCAAAUCGUACGAGUUGCCGUGGUCAUGGAUGCCAAAUGAAGGACCUGCCAACACUUCUUCUGACCAGGCAGCCGCAGGUAUCCAUCUCACUGGCGUCCAGCUCGAACAUUAUCUGCAACCACCCCAUGCCCUAGUUUACUAUGACCACUUGUGUACAAGCCACAUGGUCUGGAUCGACCUGGAACAGCGACGCACCUAUGCCAACCCAACAGCUCCCGCCUUGCCAACACUAUGA